AGCUCCGGAGGGAGGGAUCGCGUUGCUGUCGUCCCCGUGCUGUCAUCCAUCCGUCCAUCCAUCCAUCCCCAUUGCCACGAGCCCCGAGCGAAGCGAUGUAGCAGCCGCUGGGUGCAGGGACAAGGACAUGGGAGCAGCUCUUGUCAUUCCCAGCUCUGUCUAAGGCAGGAGGUUGGCGUGUGCUGAAAGACACUCCAGGAGGAGAGAGAUGCCCCAUGACAGCCUGUCCCCCAGCGCACGGCCCCACCUGCCAUAGCCAUCCCCUCCUCCCUGGUUCCUGAUGGUGCAGUGAGGGACGGGCAGACCAGCACCCACCAGAACACCUCACCCCCUGCAGAGCCAUGGAGGCCCCCCCAGAUGUGCCCGUUGGGAACCUCAUCGACUUCAGCACCGAAGCACCCACCCGUGCCCCCUCGGAGCCCUCUCCUCCGGCCGUCCCCAGUGACAACGGGCACCUGGAGGAGGUGACAGCAGAGGAGAGCGAUGCCACCGAGUCGGCAGACAGCGAGAACGACAUGGGUGAAUCCCCCACACACUGGGGCCACCGCCGCUCCUCAUCAGGUGAAUCCUUCUCCUCCAACCACAGCACUGGGUCGGCCAGGGAUGAGGCAGCGUCCGAGCGCCGGGACUUCGUGCGGCACUACGUGGAGAAGAUCUUCACUGGGGGAGAGGAUCUGGAGCAGGAGGAGAAGGCGAGGUUUGGGGAGCUGUGCAGCGGUGAGGACGGGAAGGGCAGGGAGUGGUUCGCCAGAUACGUGAGCGCACAGCGCUGCAACUCCAAGUGUGUGUCAGAGCAGACCUUCUACCGCCUGAUGCAGUCCUUUGCCCUGGUGCUCUUUGAGUGUCACCAGAUGGAUGACUUCAGCCCCGCCAAGAACCUCAUGACCAUGUGUUUCACGUACUACUACAUCGGGAAGACCCACGCGCUGCCCCUGGAGGCCAAGGAGAAGCCCACAGGCAGCAUUGACUCGUACCUGAAGUCGGCCAACAGCUGGUUGGCAGAGAAGAAGGACAUUGCAGAGCGGCUGCUGAAAAACACAUCAGCCAAGACAGAGAAUGUCAAAGGCUUCUUUGGGGGCCUGGAAACCAAGCUGAAGGGUCCUGUGGCCAAAAAGAGCGACGAAGGCGAGGACAAACCAAAGGAGAAGCUGAAGAAGACGGUUUCCAUGCAGAGCCCAGAGGAGGAGAAGAAAGGAGAGAAGAUCUACCUGUACAUGCACCUCAAGCAGCAGCCCAUCUGGCACAACCUACGCUUCUGGAACGCCGCCUUCUUCGAUGCUGUGCACUGCGAGCGCAGGAAGCGUUCCCCCACCACCAGAGGGAACGCUGGGGAGGAAGAGGAGAAGAGGGAGAAGUGGUGCCACAUGACACAGGAGGAGCGGGACGACAGCCUGCGCUUCAAUGAGAACAUCACCUUCGGGCAGCUGGGCACCUUCAUCCACAACAUGUUGGCGUUUGGCCUCACCAAGAAGCUCUGCAGCGACUUCCUCAAGAAGCAGGCGACCAUCGGCAAUUUGGAUGAAGAGCAAUACAAGCUGCUCAGCGACCACAUUGAGCAGAUGGCCACCGAGUAGCGGCACAGCGAGAUGGCAACCAGAGUAGGUGGGGAGGGCAACCUGCCCCCAGAACAAAGCUGGGCUGCUCGAAACCACCCAAACACACACGUGUGGAGCUGCCAUACACCCGCAUGACCAUCCGCCAGACUUCAGAGCUGCGCCGUGGGCAGCCUGUAGAAAUAGGAGCCAACAGCCCCAAUCCCUUGCCGGAGCCUCCUGUGUGUAUUUCCAGAGCAGAGAGACCCAGCAGCGUGUUUUGUCACUUAAACAAACAAACAAAACCAAAAAAAAAAAAAA